AUGUACACACUCACGGAGAAUCACAACCCUGACUCUCCCAUGUACACACUCACGGAGCAUCACAACCCUGACUCUCCCAUGUACACACUCACGGAGAAUCACAACCCUGACUCUCCCAUGUACACACUCACGGAGAAUCACAACCCUGACUCUCCCAUGUACACACUCACGGAGGACCACAGCCCUGACUCUCCCAUGUACACACUCACGGAGGAUCACAACCCUGACUCUCCCAUGUACACACUCACGGAGGAUCACAACCCUGACUCUCCCAUGUACACACUCACGGAGGAAAACAGCCCUGACUCUCCCAUGUACACACUCACGGAGGAAAACAGCCCUGACUCUCCCAUGUACACACUCACGGAGGAAAACAGCCCUGACUCUCCCAUGUACACACUCACGGAGAAUCACAACCCUGACUCUCCCAUGUACACACUCACGGAGGAAAACAGCCCUGACUCUCCCAUGUACACACUCACGGAGGAAAACAGCCCUGACUCUCCCAUGUACACACUCACGGAGGACCACAGCCCUGACUCUCCCAUGUACACACUCACGGAGGAAAACAACCCUGACUCUCCCAUGUACACACUCACGGAGGAAAACAGCCCUGACUCUCCCAUGUACACACUCACGGAGGAUCACAACCCUGACUCUCCCAUGUACACACUCACGGAGGAAAACAGCCCUGACUCUCCCAUGUACACACUCACGGAGGAUCACAACCCUGACUCUCCCAUGUACACACUCACGGAGGAAAACAGCCCUGACUCUCCCAUGUACACACUCACGGAGGAAAACAGCCCUGACUCUCCCAUGUACACACUCACGGAGGAUCACAACCCUGACUCUCCCAUGUACACACUCACGGAGGAAAACAGCCCUGACUCUCCCAUGUACACACUCACGGAGGAAAACAGCCCUGACUCUCCCAUGUACACACUCACGGAGGAAAACAGCCCUGACUCUCCCAUGUACACACUCACGGAGGAAAACAGCCCAGACUCUCCAUGUACACACUCACGGAGGAAAACAGCCCUGACUCCCAUGUACACACUCACGGAGGAAAACAGCCCUGACUCUCCCAUGUACACACUCACGGAGGAAAACAGCCCUGACUCUCCCAUGUACACACUCACGGAGGAAAACAGCCCUGACUCUCCCAUGUACACACUCACGGAGGACCACAGCCCUGACUCUCCCAUGUACACACUCACGGAGGAAAACAGCCCUGACUCUCCCAUGUACACACUCACGGAGGAAAACAGCCCUGACUCUCCCAUGUACACACUCACGGAGGAAAACAGCCCUGACUCUCCCAUGUACACACUCACGGAGGAAAACAGCCCUGACUCGCCCAUGUACAGUGCAUACGUGUGCCUUUCGACUGUAAAAGCAACUAUCGUAGUUAUGGCGUGA